AUGCCAGGAGAAGUCUUAUCCGUCUACCUCACAGUGUCCGAAUAUGCAAUUAGUUCGGUCCUAAUCCGCGAAGACCAGGGUAGACAGUACCCAGUAUAUUAUGUAAGCAAGCGUCUCUUAGAUGCUGAAACCUGUUAUCCACAGAUGGAGAAAUUGGCAUUUGCAUUAGUAAUUACAUCGAGAAAGUUACGACCUUACUUCCAAGCACACAACAUUGAGGUUUUAACAAACUACCCUUUGCGGUACAAUCCUAGAUCAGCAAUCAAGGGACAAGCCCUUGCAUAUUUCAUACUCGAAUUUCCAAGCGACGAAGUAGCCAUUAUCGCAGAAGAGCAAAUUGAUCCUGACGUACCAAACAAUGAAGGGUGGACUUUGUAUGUUGAUGGGGCAUCCAACAGUGAAGGAUCAGGGGGUGGCAUAAUCCUCAUAAGUCCCAAUAAAUUCAAGGUACACAGUGCCCUUAGAUUUGAAUUUCCUGCAUCUAACAAUGAAGCCGAUUAUGUGGCUCUAAUCGCAGGAUUAAAACUCGCUCUUGAAAUGAAAAUCGAGUAUUUACAAGCCUUCAGCGACUCCCAGAUCAUUGUUUGUCAGGUGAAUGGAGAAUACCUUGCCAGAGGAGGUCGUUUGGCCAAAUAUCUCGCUCUCACUUGUGAGUUAUUACAAAAAUUUAAAAAGAUAGUUGUCUCUAGAAUACCUCGUGCUUACAAUUCUCAUGCAAAUGCUUUAGCCCGAUUGGCCUCAAUAAGAGAAGCAGAAUUACUCGAUGUGAUUCCUGUAGACAUGUUAACUCAUCCGAAAAUCAGUCGAGAUGAGGUGAUGGAGAUUGAUAAAGCCAAAAAGGUCACCUGGAUGACCCCAAUAAUAGACUACUUGAAAACAGGAGUCCUUCGUGAAGAUAAAGUAGAAGCCAGAAAACUGCAAUAUCGAGCCGUUCGAUAUGUCAUUUAUGAUGAUAAGCUCUAUCGCAGAAGUUUCAGUCAGCCACUGCUCAAAUGUAUCGAUGGGACUGAGUGCGAGUAUAUGCUCCGCGAAAUAGCUACAUAUGUAAACAAACCACCAAGCCAGCUAAAUUCUAUCACAAGUCCCGGACCUUUCGCGGUCUGGGGCAUAGAUUUGACUGGAGAAUUACCGAAAGGGAAAGGAGGAGUAAAAUACGCCAUAGUCGUUGUCGAUUACUUCACGAAAUGGGAUGAAGCCAAGCCUUUGGGAUGCGCGAGGAUGCAUGGUACUGAGUCGCAAUAA